CUGCACCGUGUGGAUGUUACGUAAUGUAGUUUCAAAGGUUGUGUACAUUUGUCGGACUACACGUCUGAGGAACAUAAUGUGACAGUAAAUUCAGACAGUUAACCGCUUUACAAGCUCCAGCCUGAGAGAAGAAACUCAAAAGUGUAUUAUUAUGAGUUCCUGAUGUCUGUCUGUUGACUCAUCACUAUGAGUGGUGCUGCGCUGGCUGUUGUAGUUGUAGUUGUUUUCCUCUUGGCCCUCUACCUCCUCCAGCGCUAUGGAGACUUGCGGAGGCAGCAGCGGAUGGUCCUGUUGGGAACGCUGCUGUCCUGGUACCUCUGCUUCCUCAUCGUCUUCAUCCUGCCACUUGACGUCAGCACGACCAUCUACAAGCAGUGUAUUCUUGACAAUGCAAACCACCCUGCUCCUGUAACUCAAGCAAGACACACUAAUCAGACAGACAGCAAAUCCUCUGUUUAUCCAACUGUCAGUAUACCAAAGGUUUGUGAGGAACCAUGGAGUUAUAUCCCAGAUGGCAUCCUACCAGUGUUGUGGAGAGUUGUAUACUGGACAUCCCAGUUUCUUACCUGGCUGCUGUUGCCCUUCAUGCAAUCUUACGCACGAUCGGGAUCUUUCUCCAGAGUUGGAAAGAUUAAGACAGCUCUCAUUGAAAAUGCUAUCUAUUAUGGCACCUACCUCCUUAUCUUCAUCUCUCUGCUCGUGUACGUGGCUGCUCACCCACAGUGGCAACUCACAUGGAGAGAGCUCCAGACCAUUGGCAUUACAGCCGCCAACACUUGGGGCCUCUUCCUUCUGGUGCUGUUGCUAGGCUAUGGCCUGGUGGAGAUCCCACGUUCUUAUUGGCUCUCAUCUUCCCACGGUUACCUGCUGGCCAAGACCUACUUCAAGGUAGCAAAAAUGGCUACUGAGAAGGCAUCGGCUGAGGAGAACCUAGCAGAUGUUAUGGAGGAGGUGGCAGGCGUCCAUGGAUCUGUUAGGUACAACCACUGUCUCAGGAAGUGUGUAGACACUAUUAUUACAAAGUGUCCCACUGAGUACCAAGAGGAGAUGGGAAGAAAUGUGGAAAGCUCUUGUGGUGAACAGAAUGCCCUUCCCACCAAAAGAGGCCUGAUUAAGCUUCAUAAAAAAGUAAUCUCUGCAGUGCAGAGACACAGUCAGACUCAGGUACAGUGGUCCAUCUUGUUAGACCAGGCCUUUCAUCUAGAAGAUGUAGCUGAAAGCCAGAGCAGCCCGGUCCGACACUUCAACCACAGCUUCCCCUCAGUACGCCACCACAGCUGGAUCUAUCGCUUCAUCUUCACUCCUACUGUGGAGUGGUACUGGGAGUGUGUGUUCAGGCAGGGUUUCUACAGGCUGCUGGCAGUUCUCCUGUGUCUACUCUCAGCAACAGUUGUUUGGUCCGAGUGCACCUUCUUCAGCACACACCCUAUCCUCUCCCUCUUCGCUGUCUUUGUUCAGAUGGCGGAAAAACAACACAACUACAUUUGUAUCGAGAUGGCGUGCUUUGUCAGUAUCCUCUUCCUGUGUGUCUGUGUCUACUCCACAGUGUUCAGGAUACGAGUUUUCAACUACUAUUACCUGGUGCCACAUCACCAGACUGAUGCUUACAGCCUGCAGUUCAGCGGCAUGUUGUUUUGUCGUCUGACCCCUCCUUUAUGCCUCAACUUUCUGGGCCUGAUUCACAUGGACUCCGCUAUCUCACACCAGGACAGAAUACAGACAUCCUACACCUCUAUCAUGGGUUCUAUGCGUGUGCUAUAUUUCAUAUCUGAUGGGUUCUACAUCUACUAUCCCAUGCUGGUGUUGCUACUCUGCUUUGCCACUUUUUACAGCCUGGGCUCUCGCUGUUUGAACCUCCUCGGCUUUCAUCAGUACAUCACUGACGAUCACUUGACCUCUGACCUGGUGGAUGAAGGCAGGGAACUCAUCAGAAGAGAAAGAAGAAUAAAACAGAAGGCUGAGGAUGGAGAAAAUCGAAGAUGGGCCUGGAGGGAGCGGUAUGGAGUCCAGGGGGCUACUGGGCGGACCAGAGCUGGUUACACUCAGCUGAAUGAUAACCAGAGCAGCCCUGUCACAGAGAUCAACAAUAGUGUUAUCCCAUUCACCAGAAGAGAUGGGGAGGAGGAGGAGCAGAGAUGCUUACUGCAAGAUAACUUCAGUGAUGAAGGUUCACCAAACAGAAGAUCCACAGGAGGACGUUACCUGUCUGUGUCACCUUCUCGGACAGGCAUCUUUGACGAUGUUUGAUAGACAAAAGACAUGGAGGGAGAACAAAAUAAAGCUAGUACAUGCUGGAAUUGGAAAAAAAGGACUAAAGACUUCUUGAGUGAAGUCUUAAUGCAAAGAAUUACACAGUAUCUCAGGAAAUAAAGAGGAAGAUAAUGUAUCUGAGACAUGGACAUACAAUCACUAACAAUCAUUAACUGAAAGAGAAUACUGUGAUUAACCUGUUUGUGCACAGCCAAACCCUUUUUCCAGUAUUUUUGAUAUUGCCUUUCAAACAGUAUUGUUUUACAAGUGUAGAUUGAUGGAUGAAGGACAUGAAUGGCACACUUAUGCACCUGCAGUCAUUUAGGAUAACCGCACAUGAUACACGAGGAAAUGUAUUGCUGUCUGAAUAUUUCACCAUAAGAGUUGACAUGUUUUAUUUUUUAAUUAAAUAUCUGUGAAAACACUGAAACAAAAACAAGUUGAAAACUGAAUCAUGUCACAAAGAGAAGAUAUCAACAGCAUAACGUAUUUCUUGUUGGAUAUUUUGUGCUCGCAAAGAAAUAACUUGUUUGUAUGUCUACAAAUACCUAUUAUUUUCUGUAUGCAUAUUUUGUCUUUAUGUUUUGUAUGGUGUGUCUACCAUGAUAAUGAAAUUAAAUAUAAGUUAACCCAUUUAUGCAAUCUU